UGUGUUUCUUCACCUCACUGGGAACUUUAUUUUUAUUUUUUUCCCCUCCAGCUGGCUCCACGUUUGUUCCAGAAUCUUCCAUCAUCUCUGAAAAUAUCUCAAGUGUCCUGCGGAGAGCGACACACCCUGUUUGGGCUGGAGGACGGCAGCGUGGCGGCAUGUGGGCAAAAUGACUACGGACAAAUUGGCAGUGGUUCUAAAGAAAAUGUGGUCAUCCCUCGCUUUGUGGAGUUUGAGGACCGCGUGUCGAAGGUCACCUGUGGGGCGAACCACAAUCUUGCACUGACGGGCGCCGGCAGGUUGUUUCAGUGGGGCUGUGGGCGCGCAUGUGGCAACACAAAGAGGAACAUCCUUCUCCCAGAGGAAGUGACGCCCCCCAGCUCGCCGUUGAGAGACAUUGCUGCAGGAUGUUGGCAUAGCCUGCUUCUGACAGAUGGUGGGAAUGUCUUCUCCUGGGGGAUGGGCCAAGAGGGGCAGCUCGGACUCGGGGACGACAGGAUUCAGAGCUCCACUCCUCGUCUUCUUCACUGUCCUCAGCUCGCCGAGGUCACGCGGAUACAAGCAGGAGGGAGCUACAGUGCAGCGGUCACAGCAGGCGGAGAGCUCCUCCUCUGGGGCCGGGUCCCCCGUGUGUCCCGGGUCGAUGAUCAUCCAGGCCUCAAAAUGAUCUGGACCCCACAGCCGGUUUCACUUGCAGCCAGAAAAGUGUGUGAUGUAGCCUGUGGUUCCUGGCACAUGAUGGCCCUCACCACCAGGAGCAGAGAGAAGAACAGAGAAUGUGUUCGCUCAGAACGUGAAGCUGGCUUCAGCGACCCCCUCCUGAUGGAGCACACGGGGAAAGAAAACACAGUGAAAGACUCCAGGCACCUGCUUCACAGACGGGAGAGAAGAGAGGGUUCCGAGGAGCAGAAGACGGAGGAAGAGAGUGAGAGUGCAGAGGAAGAAGAAAGACUUGAAGGAGGACCACACCGAGCUGGGGGAGAUGGAGCGCUCCACGACUCGGCGUGUGCCGUAUCCGGGUCUUCAACGGGGAUGGACGAGAGAGGAAACGACCACUCGGCGGUCACAUCUGACCGCGGGGACGAGAGGGAGGGAUGGAGGACGGCUCGGCGUCGGGAGACGAGGAGAGAACCACGGAGGAGCGGAAGAAGCGGAGACGCGGUGUUCACCACGUUGCAUCUUCUGCCCAGGUCGGAGCCGAGCAGGCCGCCCGCCGCCACCUUCCCCCGGCUGCCGGCGGGACAACGAGCUCCCGGCAGAGCUUUAGACGACGCUCGGAAGGAGAGAUCUACACAUCUGAUUGAAUUAGUCCCAAAAUGUGGAAGUGACUACAACACUGGUCCCACGCCCGGACCAAAACCCAGACCUCCUGGGAGCUGUACUGGUCCUCCGGAUCACAGCGUAGCCUCUUGUCGCCAUCCAAAAAUUAGACAACACCUCAAGUCACCGAUGUACAAGGCUCCUCCCCACCUGAGCCCUGGACAACAGGCUCGAACGUCUUCCCCUCCCUCCCCCCCGGGGCCACGCGUCGGAUCGUCUCUUUCUCCAACACCAUCCUCUUCUGAACUACUUGAGUGCCAUCCUACACGCAGACGAGUGGCUUCUUCUCGUGGUACUCCUCAGAAGAAUCCGUAAGAAUCCACAGAAUCCAGUUGUGUGCACCAGUGGAGUUCAUCUGAAAAAUGUACAAACAUUUUGCAGAUAAUACGCAGCUCGUUGAAAAUGUCAUCAGCGUCAAAAGCAUUUGUACGCAAUAAUCUCCAGAAAUGACUUGCUACAGUGAGAGAAGUUAUUAUUAUCAUGAGUUGCGUGAUUAUGCUUUCCUGUAGACCACACACACACACACACACACACACACUCACUCAGCUAAAUAUGUUUGGCUUCAAGGUAAAUGUCAGAGCUCUCGAAAGCAGACUUCAAAUCAGCUUCACCCGACACUGGGAUUUGGCAAAUAAAUAAAUAUACUCUUAGGAAGCAUCUCAGUCGACGGCACUCAUCGGAAAGCAUUAGACUUUGGUCUUACAGUCAAAGAUGUUUGUAGCAGCUGCAAAGUCCUUGAAUCGGUACAUUUGCACAGAGCUGGAGAACGGUGAGGUUUUUUUCUGAGCCACAUUCAUCCGUAAUAUGUCGUAUAUUAAAGACAAACGCCCCCUCAGAUCGUGGCCUCUUGUAAGACAGCGGAGUGCUUUCACGGCGGCCUCUGCGGUAUGAGUCACGGCCUCACGCGGCUCUUUGGAGCGUGAGGAAAUUGAGUUGUUGUCGAGAUACCGCGCGACGAGGUUAAAGUAAAGCGUGAUUAUUUCAAGAAGCCGAAUUUCCUUGGAGUCUGCUUUCCUCUGUGUCGCUGCUCUGUUUCCGAGAGCGAGGUCCUUCGUUAGUCCUCCGCUGUCGCUUUGCAAACUGGUUGGUUGCAGUUCGUGAACGAGAUUUCUCUGGAACGCCGCCAAGAAUUUACUUGAAUGUUGUCAAAAAAUGUCCACUUGGAUGCAAAGAUAAAAUGAUAAGCAUUUGGAGGUCAAAGGUCACCGUGAACAUACAAAAAAACAUUUUGGGCCUUAAAUCAAGAAUUCUCAUGCUAAUUAUGGCUAACUAAGGAUUUAGUGUUCAUAUUUUGAUCACCUGUGUGAGAUACCAUGUCUAUCAUGACUCAUUUAUGACAUGAUAUACUAUAACUUUUUUGACAUUUGAUCGUAUUUUUGAUGACAUACUAUACCUAUAUUAUAUAUUUUUUUAAUGAAAUAUUUGGUGACACACUAUAUACUAUGCCUUUCUUUGACAUACUCUACAUUUAUAACAUUGUUGUUAUAUACUAUAUGACGUUUUAUGAAUUUUUUAAAACUUAGCUUUGACAUUUUCUGACAUACUGUACCAUGAUUUCGUUAUGUUCUUCUAUAUUGUCAUUUUUCUCUGUUUUAAGCCAUACUAUAUUGUGAUUUCUUAUGAUUUGUAUUAACAUGCUUGUUUUUAAAUGUUGUAUUAUGUACUCCAUAUAUUAUUAUAUUUCUAUGACUCUUACAUAGAAUAUAUAAUUCUCGGGAUGAUUGAAGACUUUAGGUGUCUAAACUUAUAACUUCAUAACACAUCACCGAGAGAUAUCGUCAAAUAUAAGUAACAAUAUUUCUUAGUAAUAUUACUAUCGCCUAAUAGUAAUGUUAUCUUUACAUAUCAUUCAUAUUUAAGCACUGAUUUUUCACAAAUUUUCAAUCACAUGCUUAAGUUAUGAAUCAUGUUUGCUUUCAUCACAGUAGUUGUCAUUACACUUUGACACGUAUACAUCUGAACCACAAUGCUGUUUGUUACUUUGAUCCCAGUAUAUAAAAAUAAUAAAGGUUACUGAAAGUAAUAUACUGAAAAAUACUAUUUUAAAUGAAUUUGAAUGCUGCUCAAGAAGAGUGAAAACCAAAAUGUGUUGGAAUUAUAACGCUUACAUUUGCUUCUGUAAUCCCAAACUAAACACUGUCUUCACACAGGCAGGCAGGACUGGCGGCGUCGAGACAUCUGCCCACGCUAUCGUUGCCUACUCUCUCUGGUUUGUUUUGUGUAUGUGAGAAGGUGUUGGUCGGCUUAGGGCAGGGGUCCCCAAACUUUUUCCUGUGAGGGCCACAUAACUUUUCCCUUCUCUGAUGGGGGCGGGGUCAGUUUGUAACGGAAAAAGUGAGACGAUCACAGGGUGCCUAAAUGUAAACAUGUAUUGUUUUCCAGAAAGCCACAUAACCAAAUAUUAAUAACCCUUUCCGGGAUCUUCACACGUUCCAUUUGACAGCGGCUAGUCUAGGAUCUGCGUGGCCAGAAUGAAAAAAAUAAUCAUAAUGCAUCUCUGGUAUUGUUCAGGGGGCUGGGCCAAAUGUGGAGGGGGGCCGUAUCCGGCCCGCGGGCCUUAGUUUGGGGACCACUGGCCUAGGGUGAGGUGUAUCACGUCUUUGCCCUGUGGGACUCCUGCUAAACGAUUCAAGGUGAGACCUGUCGAUUAAACACCCUGAGCUGUGCUCUCUGCCUAACCUAACCCUGGGUGACUCAAUCCCACCCCUCACACACACACACACACACACACGUACAUGUACACAAACGUACACUCGCCCACCUCACCUGUCAUCCAUCAAUAUCUCCAUCUGGCCCCCUAUCGAUCCCCUCCAGCCAGCCUCUUCACCCCGCGCGGUACAACAUCAGGGCCACGACGACGUCCGCACAGGUUUAAUUUCUGAAAGAUUUACAAUAAAGCUCAAGUUAUUAUUUAACUCUUCCGGCCGCGCUCUUUGAUUUAGCGCUCUGGGAGAGGAUGAGUUACAGCUGACACGGAGAAUCUGCUGGGGCUGGAAUGGAAGGCACCCGGUUCAUAACUCAGCCGCCGAAUGUGUAGUUAGUCAAUCACUUGAUCUGUAAUCACAAAUGCUGCCAGAAAUUACAUGAGUGAUGAGCUGUAAUAAAAGCA